AUGUACUUCUUCCUCUCCAAUCUCUCCUUGGUUGACAUCUGCUUCAUCUCCACCACAAUUCCAAAGAUGCUGAUGAACAUUCAGACACAGAGCAAAGAUAUCUCCUACAUAGAGUGCUUCACUCAGGUGUAUUUUUCAAAUACUUUUGUUGGAAUGGACACAUUUCUACUAACAAUAAUGGCCUAUGAUCGCUUUAUGGCCAUAUGCCACCCACUGAACUACAAUUCCAUCAUGAACCCUAAGCUCUGUGGUCUCCUGGUUCUGCUGUCAUGGAUAACAAUGGUCUGGGUUUCCCUCAUUCACAUUCUACUGAUGAUUCAGUUGCAAUUCUCUAUAGGCACUGAAAUCCCACAUUUCUUCUGUGACCUGGCUCUAGUUCUGAAGGUCACCAGCUCUGAUACUUUUCUCAAUAACAUCUUCAUAUAUUUUAUGAUGGCUUUGCUGGCUAUUCUUCCUUUCACUGGGAUCCUUUUCUCUUAUUUUCAGAUCAUCUCCACCUUAAUAAAAAUGUCUUCUACUGUGAGCAAAAAUAAAGCAUUUUCAACCUGUGGCUCUCACCUCAUUGUGGUCUCCUUAUUCUAUGGAUCAGCACUGGGGGUUUAUCUCAGCUCUGCUGUAAACCAUUCUUUCCAGGGGAACAUGAUUGCCUCAGUGAUGUACACUGUGGUCACACCU